CUCUUCCUCGGUUGCUCAGCGGUGCGCUCCAUCUCUGCUUUCUUCUUCUUCUUUGCUGUCGACAUUUUCUCAACAUUUGGGGAUUUAUUUUUUUCUUUCUCACAAACUCUAGCCUUGUAUUUUUCAGCCGAAACUCAGGCGUAUGCGAGAUAGUUAUGGAGUGGAAUCCGGAAACCCUACAAUUUCUUUCCCAAUGCUUCCUCAACACCCUGUCUCCACUUCCCGAGCCCCGUCGGAAAGCGGAGGCGGCUCUGGCGGAGGCCGCCGGUCGACCUAACUACGGUCUGGCUGUUCUACGUCUUGUUGCCGAGCCCUCCGUCGACGAGCAGAUCCGUCAAUCUGCGGCUGUAAACUUUAAAAACCAUCUCAAAGUUCAUUGGGCCCUGCAACCCGACGACCCAGAGAAACUUGUAGUGCCGGACCAGGAAAAGGAGCAGAUUAAGGCUCUGAUUGUCACUUUGAUGGUGAACGCUUCGCCGAAAAUUCAAGCUCAGGUUAGUGAGGCUUUGACUAUUAUUGGAAAGCAUGAUUUCCCCAAGGCAUGGCCAAGUUUGCUACCGGAAUUAGUGGUGACUUUGGAUAAAUUGAGUCAGGGAAAUGACUAUGUUUCGGUGAAUGGGGUUUUGGCUACUAUCAACUCAUUGUUUAAGAAAUUUAGGUACCAGUUCAAGACAAAUGAAUUGUUGCUUGAUUUGAAAUAUUGUCUGGAUAACUUUGCGAAGCCAUUGUUGGAAGUGUUUAAAAGGACUGCAGGGUAUAUGGAUCAUGUUGUGUCGUCUGCAGGCUCAAAUCCUAGUGUUUUGAAGGGUUAUAUAGAGUCACAGAGGCUUUGCUGCAGGAUUUUCUAUUCACUCAACUUUAUGGAGCUACCGGAGUUUUUUGAGGAUCAUAUGGACGAAUGGAUGAUUGAGUUCAAAAAAUAUUUGACAGUAAAGUACCCUGCUUUGGAAGCUAGCGGGAAGGAAGGGCUUGCUUUGGUAGAUGAGUUGAGAGCUGCUGUCUGUGAGAAUAUUAGCCUGUACAUGGAGAAGGAGGAGGAGAUAUUUCAAAAAUAUCUCAGUGGAUUUGUGGACGCGGUAUGGGGGCUUUUGGUUGAAGCUUCAAAUUCUUCCAGCCGGGAGAAACUGACUGUGACUGCUAUUAAGUUCUUGACCACAGUUAGCACGAGCGUUCAUCAUACAUUGUUUUCAGGAGAUAAUAUCUUGCCCCAGAUUUGCCAGAGUGUUGUGAUUCCGAAUGUGAUGUUGAGGGAUGAGGAUGAGGAGCUUUUUGAGAUGAAUUAUGUGGAGUUCAUUAGGAGAGACAUGGAAGGUAGUGACCUUGACACAAGGAGGAGGAUUGCUUGUGAGCUGCUCAAAGGAAUUGCUUUGAAUUACAAGGAGAAGGUGACUGGGAAUGUUUCUUCCGAGGUACAGAAACUUUUGGCAACAUUUUCAGAGAAUCCAUCUGUAAAUUGGAAGCAAAAAGACUGUGCUAUUUAUUUGGUUGUCUCCCUUGCCACAAAGAAAGCUGGCGGAAAUUCUGUUUCUACUGAUCUUGUUGAUGUCGAAAGCUUUUUUGGGUCUGUUAUUGUGCCAGAACUGCGAAGUCAAGAUGUGGAUGGAUUUCCUAUGUUAAAAGCUGGGGCCUUGAAGUUCUUCACCAUGUUCAAGAAUCAGAUAUCGAAGCCUGUUGCACUGGCGUUGCUUCCUGAUGUGGUUCGCUUACUUGUCUCUGAGUCAAAUGUGGUCCAUUCAUAUGCUGCUACCUGUAUUGAAAAGCUUUUGCUGGUGAAAGAUGGGAGUAUGGCUAGAUAUUCAGCUGCUGAUAUCAGCCCAUUUCUGCUUCCAUUAAUGACCAACCUGUUUGCAGCCCUGCAGAAGCCAGAAUCUGAAGAGAAUCAAUACGUGAUGAAGUGCAUCAUGCGGGUUCUUGGAGUUGCUAAUGUUUCACGUGAUGUUGCUUUACCUUGCAUCAAUGGUCUAGCAAGUUUCCUAAACAGGGUCUGUGAAAACCCCAAGAAUCCAAUCUUUAACCACUAUCUGUUUGAAUCGGUGGCUCUUUUAAUCAAGCGAGCUUGUGAGCAAGACCCCUCCAUCAUUUCUGAUCUUGAAACGAGUCUGCUGCCCAGUGUGCAGGUGAUCUUAUCCAGAGAUAUUACUGAGUUUUUCCCAUAUGCCUUCCAGCUGCUGGCCCAGCUUGUUGAUUUAAAUGUAACUCCUUUACCGGGGAAGUAUAUGGACGUUUUUGCAUUACUGCUUUUGCCUGAAUCAUGGAAGAAGUCGGCAAAUGUUCCUGCCCUAGUGCGCUUGCUCCAGGCUUUCCUUAGAAAGGCACCAUAUGAACUAAACCAGCAGGGGCGAUUAUCUAGUGUCCUUGGAAUAUUUAAUACUCUAGUUUCCUCUCCCAGUACUGAUGAACAAGGAUUCUAUGUGCUCAACACUGUGAUCGAUAACCUUGGGUACGAUGUACUCACUCCCUACAUUAGCCAUAUUUGGGUUGCAUUAUUUAACCGACUGCAGCAGGUCAACAGAACUGUGAAAUUUAUCAAAUCUCUUGUUAUAUUUAUGUCACUUUUUCUGGUGAAGCAUGGCCCUGAAAAACUUGUUGGCUCCAUGAAUGCUGUUCAGCCUGAUGUAUUUCGGGCAAUAUUAGAGCAGUUUUGGAUUCCUAAUCUUAAGCUGAUUGUUGGCUCAAUGGAGCUCAAGUUAACAGCUGUGGCUUCUACUAGACUACUGUGUGAAUCUUUGUCACCAUCAGAUUCGAGGCUUUGGGGAAAAAUGCUUGACAGCAUUGUUACCCUUAUUUCACGGCCAGAGGAGGACAGAGUGGAAGAAGAGCCUGAGAUUCCUGAUUUCGGUGAAACUGUUGGUUACAAUGCCACAUUUGUUCAUCUAUACAAUGCUGGAAGGAAAGAGGAAGACCCCCUACCAGACAUUAAAGAUCCCAAGCAAUAUCUGGUUGCAUCUUUGGCAAAUCUUUCUGCUCGUUCACCUGGAACAUAUCCGUCAAUUAUUAACCAAAAUCUUGAUGCGGCAAAUCAGGCUGCUUUACUACAGCUUUGCAACUUGCACAGCGUCACAAUUGUUUGAGGCAGAUACUAUCCUGGAGUGACGUGGAAAUGAUGAGAACUUGAUGGUUUUCCAGAUGUAGUUCCCAGCGUCUGGUCGUUUGUCAACUGCCCGUUGUUCUUGUGUUGUGGUGAAUGGUCAGUCAGAUUAAGGAAAUCAAUGGAUACUUGAUAAGUUUCAGGUUGGGUCAAGUCAGGUCCAUCGGUUUGUACUGAGGUUAUGUUGGUGGAAAUAGAGUUUGUUUUUGAGGAUAAUUUGGUUUGGGAACAAGUUUUUUGUCA